CUCCAAGCCAAAAAACCAUCCCUGCCCAAGUAUAACUCAGGAGGGCCCCAAAUCCCACUGCCAAACACUCAGCCAACCCCACCACUUAAUCCCACCAGCAAUAAUAACACUUCCCUUUCAAUCCACGACAGUAUCCCCUCUACAUCCAUCCCUGUUACUUCAAAACCCAUAACAACCAAGCCCAAUAACACCUUAACUCCACAGCCCAAAAACUCCCUCACAGAAAUCCCUACACCCAACCCAAUACCCAUUUUAAAUCAACCCAGCCUCCCCACUGAAAUCCCUACACCCAGCCCAAUAAACCCCAUUAACAACCCACCCAAUAAUAACCAACCCACCUCAGGCCUAAACAUCCCAACACCCAAACAACCCACCCUACCCACUGAAAUCCCCCCACCCAGCCCAAUAACCUCAACAACAAAUAAUAACCAACCCAGCCUAAACAUCACAACACCCAAGCCUUUUCUUAACCCUCAACCCUCAACACCUCAACCAACCUCAGAAAAUUUCUUGGAGGAAGCUGACUGGGAAAUCCUGGUCCACAAUGAUAUUCUUGCCAAAUGUUUGGUGAGUUGGGAAGAAAAUCAGCAACUCAAACCCACAGCAAAUCAACCCCCUACUCCCCCUCACACCUCUCUUGAUGACCUGCAUUUACACACAGAAAAUUUAUCAUUAACUCCCAUUUACAUCUCAGACACAGAACCUCAUCAAAAACAAGAACCCCUGAAAACUUACCCCUUAUCUGAGCCCCACCUUGGCCCCUCCACUUCAGAUUCCUCAGCCUGCAAACAACAAGACACACCUGAAAGCAAAGACAACCAGGUUAGGUCAGAAGAGGACAUUCAUGAACAACCUUUCACAACAGUUAUAAGAAAAUCAAAGAGAUUACAAGAGAAGUUCUCCUCACACAAUCAACCCCAACACUUCUCCCAAUGAAUGUGCUCUUCUAGAACAUUUGUGGUCUACCCUCCAAACUUCAGAGGCUGGCCAUCCUAAUUUCCACCCACAAAGUCACCUUCUUAGCCAUCAUGGAACCUAAAACCACUGCUAAGAAACUCACUCACUUUCAACUGACCCUGGGCUUCAGCCACUCUAGGUCUUCUAUGGACAAUAGAGUCUGGGUCAUGUGGAAAGAGGAUAACCUAAUCUAUCAACAUCAUCAGGAGAUGGAUCAGGCUAUCAACAUAUACUUCACUUACCAUAACAACCCCAUCACCAUCACAACUGUUUAUGGGAAAUACUCAGUCACCGACAGACAACGGCUUUGGGAUUACAUCACUGCUACUAGCCUUAGCAUGCAUAAUCCUUGGGUGAUUGGGGGAGACUUCAACUGCAUCUCCUCAGUAGACCACCACAAGGGCACUAACACCCCUUGCCUUAGGAGCAUCCAUGACUUUGACAAAUGUAUCAUGGAUGCCUCUCUCAUCUCUCCCAUGGCCACUGGUUCUACCUUUACUUGGACAGGUGUAAGGUCCCUAGGUAGAAUUUGGAGAAGGAUUGACAGGGUAUUCCACAGCAACCAUACUCUUAAUUCCUUUCAGGAAAUCUCCUGCAGCCACCUGCCCAGAAGUACUUCUAAUCAUAACCCUCUCUUAAUCAAGCUCAGCAACCCCCAUUUUACCGGCCCCAAACCCUUCAGAUAUAUCAACUAUUGGAGCACCCACAACAGUUUCCUAUCUACUGUAAGCAAUAGCUGGGGCCCCUAUACUCGUGGAGGGAUGAGAGGACUGGGUUACAAACUGAAAAACCUAGGAUUUACCCUCCAAACAUGGAACAAGAACACUUUUGGUAACAUAUUCACCAGGGUUAGCUUGCUGGAAGGGGAACUGAAAGUAAUUGAAGAACAAUUUGACACCCACCCAACCCCAGAAAUGAGAUCUCUCAUGCAAGAAACAAAGGCUAAACUUAUUAUUGCUACCCAACAAGAGUACUCCUACUGGAAACAAAAAGCAAAUAUCAAAUGGACAAAAGAAGGAGAUGCAAACACAGCCUUUUUUCACUCCACUGUCAAAAUCAGAAGAAGCCAACAAAAGAUAAAUAGCCUCAAGUCUAAAGAUGGAAAAUGACUCCAUAACCAUGAGGAGAUUCAUGAAGAAAUCCUCAACCACUACAAAACCCUUUAUGUAUAAAGAAUCCCACAAUGACAGAUUCACUGCUAAUAUUCCUAACCUUAUCACUCAGAUGGACAACAACAGCCUCACCUCCCUUCUAGAUAAAAAUGAAGUAAAAGAGGCUGUUUGGACACUCUCAAUGGUCAUUUCUAUAAAACUUGUUGGGAGCAAAUCAAAGUGGACUGCACAAAAGCUGUCCAAGAGUUUUUCUUGGGGAUCCCUAUCCCCAAAAUCUGUGCCCAGACAACUAUCAUACUAAUUCCAAAGAAGGAAAACUCUCAAUCCUAUGAGGACUAUAGACCUAUUUGCUUGUCAAAUUUCUGCUGCAAGAUUUUUUCCAAAAUCCUCUCCCAAAGAUUGAGCUCCAUCCUUCCCAGAUUGAUCUCACUUGAACAAGGGGGAUUUGUAAAAGGA